CAAAUAUCAUAGCAAGCAUAUUUUGUCCUUAAACCUUCUGUCCUUAAUUUUCAUUGAUCAACCGGAAUUCUCUUGUCCUCACAAUAUCAAUGGCUGAUCUACAGCCGAAUAAGCAAGAACUUAUCAAGAUAAUCGAGCAGAGCAAGGUGUCUCCACCGCCGGGGACAGUCCCGACGACCUCUCUCCCUCUCAGCUUCUUUGACGUGCCAUGGCUUCUUUUUGCCAACAUGCAACGUCCCUACUUCUACGAAUUCCCUCACUCAACCCACCACUUCUUAGAAACCCGACUUCCUUCUCUCAAACACUCCCUCUCCCUCACUCUCCAACACUUCUUCCCCUUCGCCGCCAACCUCAUCCUCCCUCCGCCGCCCGCGAAGCCUCACAUUCUCUUCGCGGAAGGCGACUCGGCCGUUUCCCUCACCGUCGCCGAGUCCGCUGCCGACUUCCAUUUCCUCUCAGCCAAUCACCCGCGACCCGUCCGAGCAUUGGACACGUUCGUCCCCAAGUUGGCGCCGGCACGUGUGGAUGGCGACACGCGUAUGGAGCCUAUUAUGGCCUUGCAGUUCACCGUCUUUCCCAACUCCGGCAUAUGCAUUGGCCUCCGGUGCAACCACGUGGCGGGAGACGCGAGGUCGCUUCACCACUUCAUGAAAUCAUGGGCGUUGGUUUGCAAGACCGGAGGAGAUUUGACUUCGCUUGAUGGAGAUUCAGGGCUGCCGUCUCUUGACAGGACCGCGGUGAAGGACCCGUAUGGGCUUGAGCUCGUGUUCUUGAAAGCUUGGUGGAGUUUGGCAUCGACAUGGAAAAAUGAGGACCAAAGAUCAGUCCUUGACACUGAUGAUCAUCAUAGCCUCCGUGCCACGGUCGUUCUGUGCCGAGACAAGAUUGAGAGAUUAAGGCAUUGGAUCACAAAUCAAUUGGCCAACGACAACGAGAACUCCACAACACUUCACAUGUCGUCGUUUGUCGUCAUUUCCGCGUUGAUUUGGGUUUGCUUAGCGAAAUCAGAAGAGAGAAAUUCCAAAGUUAAUAAAGAUGAUGAUGAUCCUUACUACUUUGCCUUCGUAGCGGAAUGUCGAAGCCGCCUCGAGUUUCCAUUGCCGACGACUUAUUUUGGGAAUUGCUUGACGGUGUGUUUCGCGCCGGUGAAGGCGGCGGAGCUGUUGGGCGAAAAUGGGGUCGCCACGGCUGCCAAGGCUAUUGGGAAGGAAGUUGGGGAACUGAACAGGAAACCUUUGAAAGAGUUGGAGAAUUUUUUGAUCAAGUUCAAGAAAAUCAAGGAUUCAGGGUGGAAACAUGUUACCGUUUUGGGAUCGCCAAAAUUUGGUCUUUAUGAGACGGAUUUCGGGUGGGGGAGACCCAAAAAGUGCGAAUCCAUCCAUUUUCGUGAUUCAACCGCUUUUUUAAUUGCUCAGAGUAGGGACGAGAAAGGUGGUGCUGAAGUCAGUUUGGUUCUUAGCAAGGAUCAAAUGAGUCGUUUCAACGCCAUCUUGGAGGAAAUCUUGAUGGGGUUGGUCUGAUUUGACUUUUGAUUUAGGUUCCAGUCGUUUGUCUUUCCUUGAUGUUCUUCUCGUUUUGACGAUUGUAUUAUGCUUGUUGUCGUCUUUUAUAACUAUGUGUUGUUUCAGGUAACGUCACUCAAUUUUUUUUA